UUUAUCUCUUUUGUCUCUAUAAAGAAUUAAAAAUUCUUCUAUCAUAAAUGUAUCUAUUUAAUGUUUUAUGCUCUGAAGCAGGUGACUCCUGCCUUCCAUGUUAGUGCCAGCCUUUCCUAGAAUGCUGCAGUUGAACUGGUGCUUUGUGCUGUGCAUCACUCUGUGAUUUUAUUUGUGGAUGUGUGUAACUGCUGAGAUGAUUUGAUAUGAAAAAUGUUAAUUGUAAAUUAAUAGGAUUGGUUACAUUUCUCUUUGGAGUAUAGAUGAUGAUCACUGAUCAAAUGAGGAUUUCUAUUAACAGAAAUGUUAAAACAGUAAAUCCAGGUAGAAAGGAUGAGCUUUCUUCAUUGCCAAAAAGAGUUUAUUUGUUUCUUGGAGGAUUUAAGAAAUGUCACAGUUCUGUAGCAUAGAGUCAUAUAUUCCUAUAAAAGUACUUUAAAAGAACUUAAAAGGAAACACACUUCUGCAGAUGUUAAAUGGUAUCAGAGGCUCUUUGCAAAGUAAGAUUAUAAUGAACAUGUUGGAUUUUGCAAAUGUGGAUAAGCAUCAGAAUAUUUCAGUCUGUUGUGUUGGACUGCAAUGCUCAAAGCUCUCAUUUAGAGCCUUUCCCCUCCUGUACAAUAUUUGGUGUUCAGAGGUUUUACUCUAUCAGAACAAUUGCAUUUACAGAGUGUCUCCACUGGCUGAUUGUCAGUGCAUGUGCAACCCCAGUUUGGGGCAGCCUCCAUCAAUGCUCAUCACUGAGCUGUUUCUCUUGGCUUGCACUGGUUGUUUGUUUCUGGGCAGAGCACAGCACCUUUCCUGCUUCCCCUCAGCAUCAGCUCACACUCCAAGCAGGUGUGGGGAGCUCAGGAGCCCUCUCCUUGCUGGUGCUGGGAGCCAAGGGCUUCCAAGCCUCCUGUUCAAGGAAAUGCAAUGAAAAGUAAGGAGCAAAUGUUGAUAUUAGGAUCUGUGUAAGCACGGAAGCUGUAAAACAGUCAGGGAUGACAGUACCGAGCCAUCACACCCCACCCAAGUUUCCUGCUUUUGUGUGUUCAGCCUGUGCAGCCAAAGCCUUGUGGGCUCACAGGCUGCUCAAGCCCUGCCGCCUCCCAGAGCAGCUCCUUCCUUCAAAACACAGAUUCCAUCUCCUUGCUACCUGCCUGGAAACUCCCAUCCUGCCUGCUCAGCCAGGAGGGCAUUUUCAGGAGAUGCCUCAGUGGGCUGACCUGAGUAACACUCACUCAGUGACUGCAGUGGGGCUCUGUCAGCUCUGUGUCAUUUGCUUUCCUGCUCUGUGCUUGCUGGAAUGCAGCCCACUGUACUCAAGACACAAUAAAUGAGGGGUUCUACGAUUGACCUAAUGCAUAUUUUUCUGCCAGCUAGUUUGUAAGUCAUGUCAUUGCUGUGACUCACUGAAUUUGCUGAUUUGUGAGCAGUGAAUUAAAGACAAAUGGCUGAACCAGUUGUGUGUGCAGCCCCCUUCAGGAGAGUGGUGCUUUCUGUGUGGAGCAGCUGAUGUGCUGCCACCAUUUCCAGUUUCCAGCUGCUGAGCUAGGUUUGACUGGUGCAGGUGUUCAUAACCCUUAGCAAGGACUGGCACUUCAGGAACUCCUUCCUGCAUGGUUCAGCCACAGCAGCCUCAGGGGACAGCUUUGAGGAUAAGGAAAGCUUGGCAUAGGGACAAAUUCCUCCAUCCAAAUAUGCCUGGAUUUGAGUCACCCCCAGCAGUUCAUGCUGCCUCAAAGGAAGGUGAUGGCUCUGUGUGUUGUGUCCUUCAGAAUUCUGUUCAGUAAGAAUUUCUCUGUGCCUUAUAAAUAUGUUGUUACUGUCAGCAUUUAUCUAGAUUUGUAACUAUAAACUUCCAAGAACUUAGGCACCCAAAUGUGUUAAUACAACUAAGUCACUGGAAUUUUCAUGGAAUCACGUUACUGCAUCUAAAUCAGAUGUAUAUCAGAUGUGUAUUUCAUUCCAUUGAACUUUGGCCCUUUGUGAAACCAUCUCAGAUGCUUAUGAGAUAUUUGCUUGCUGAUUAGCUUAAAUAAAUAAAUAAGUAAUAGGAAGAGAGAGGAAGAAGGGAAAAUGCAAUUCCAGAAAUGUGCCAGCAUCAGAAAAUACUCUUUUUCUUCCCUGUCUCUGUUACAAUAAUGAUAAUUUAGGUUUGAGAUAGUCAAUGUGCUAGCAGAAGUAAUUUAUAAGGAGUCUGAUACCUCUGACUGAUACCACAUGAGAGUUCAUCAGUUAGAAUCUCAAACCCUCCCCAGAAUUCGAUAAUUAGCUUAGGCAGACCUUGUAAGCCACAAGUUUAUCUCCUUUCAGUGACAUGGGCUGCUCUGUCACCGUGGCCACUCCUAAUGUGGUACCAAGGCUUUUCUAAAUAAAGUAAAAACCAGCAAAUAACAAACCUGUUGGAAUUGGUGUUAUCCUUUCUUUCAAAGAUGCAUUUGUAUGGUUUGUUUGACACUUUUGUUGUCUCUGUGAUUCCUGUGUGUAGCAAGCCAAGCUGUGAUCCCUGCUAAUUGUAUAGAAAUGUGCCUUUAUUCAGUACAAUGUAAUGCAGUAUUUUUAUUUAUGAUGCAUUUGUAUUCCUUCCCUUCACAUAUUGCAUAAACUGUCCUCUUCUUUAACAAGACCCAAGGGCUGAUGCAGAGAUGUUGGUUGCUGCUGUGAGAUGUUGCUUUGUUUCUUCCUGUAAUUCCAUCCUGACCUGGCGAUGCAGGCUCAGAGUUAUCAUUUCAUUUGACCUGUAAAUCAAUCUGUGUAACAUGCAAAGUAACCACGAAUGCAAAGGGAAUGAGAACAAAGUCAUUUGAAAAGCAUUUAAUGGGGCACGUUCCAAGGCUGUAUUUAUGUGUGCUUUAUUCCUUCCAUGAGGAAACUGAAAUAUGCAGAACUGUGACACAAAUACACAAAGAAACAGGAAAAAGGAAGGAUAGAGUGAGAAUAUUUAUGUAUGUUAAUGAAGAAUGGAGGGAUUUAAGAAGAACCUGAUCUCUUAGCUUUGCAGCAAGGAACAAGGAUCUGCAUCUUCCUUUCCCUUCUGGCCAGGACUUGGAGCAUGGCAUGGGUGAGUUGCUUUGCCUCUGUGAAUUACAGCUCUAACUUAGCAAGGAAUGUGAAGAAUGUUGUGUUAUCAUAACAGUUUGGUUCUUACUUUGCAUUUGUUGUUGUUGUGUCAAUAUUGUGUUGGUAAACUUUCUUAAGGAUGACUUCAUGCCUUAGAAAGGUUUGAUAUGUACCAAUGUGUAGCAAUUGGUUAUAUGAAAAAUAUUCUGUUUCCCAAAUUCAUAUCCCAUGAUUAACCUUUAUGACUAAAAAUUCUAAGCACAGCUAGACAUAAUUAGAGGAGAGUUCUAUUCUUUUACUCUUCCAUUAACAAUUACCAUUGCAAGACCUGAUUUAAAUGCUUUUCAAAAUUUUCUGUCCUCUCUCACAUAAAGAGUGAAUAUCUUACUGUUGUCACUUCCCUUCUCUCAGCUCUCUGCUGUUCCAGACAUCCUUGUUAUGAGGGUGGUUGUUUUUGUAGUCACAGAGAGAUAAGUUCCCUUAGUCAGAAGCACUCACACCCUGGACAGCUCUGCCCAGACCUCUGGGGCUGCAGAGGGACUCAGCACUCGGAGCUCACAGCUGAGGCACUGCCUCUGAUGGGCAUCUGCAUGUGAGCAAGUGCACCAGCAGGAGCUCAAACACAGCAAGCCAGGACAAUUCUACUCAUUUAGGGCUUAGAUGCAGAAAUUUUUAGUAAGUCAGCUGAAGAGAGGAUAUCUUUAGUAUGGCAGGUAUUUCAGCAAAACCCUGUCCUUGAGUAGGUUUAAGAGAGAGCUUCGUCUCUUCUGAUUUUCUGCUGUUCCUCUACCUUUGGGCACUCCAGAACAUCCCAUCCUGCCUGAGACUCACAGCAAAUAUCCACUGUCAUCUUCACUCACACCUCUGCUGAGCUCCUCAUGCUCUGCUCACUCUGUCAAAGGCUCCUUUCUGCACAGGAUGCUCCACACCUGAAAACCAUUCUCCAGGUUACCCCACGGCUCCUGUUGUGUGGGCUGGGAGUGCAGAGCUGUGAAUUCACAGGACCUGGUCUCACACUUCUGCCUUCUGUGGUUUGAGCCCCCCUGGGGUGCAGCACCCAGCAGUGCUCAGAGCCAGCACAGGGAGCAGCUCUGCCUGCUGGGGACAGAUGUUGUCUUGUCUGCCCUAUGCCAAAUGCUCCUUACUCAAUUCAGGCUUGGCUCUGGCAGCAUGUGAUUUGAAAUGCACUUGUGUAAGCACUCUGGGCUCCUCUAUAAAACACUGCAAUUACAUUUCAACAUCACUUUACAGUCUGGAUGUGAGUAACAUUUUGAUAAGCCAAACAAUAUUUCAGAAAUGUGGAUCUCCUCCAUGUAAAUAAACAGACAAACUCCCUGGCGCCUUCCUGUUGUAUUUUACAAUCAUCUGCUAUAAGUACUGGAUGUUUUGUUUGUUUCUAUGUGCCUACAUGAACUAUGAAUGGUCACAGGAGAAAAAGUAGAAAAAGGCAGUAUAGAGUUGUGAUUCAAGACCAAAAGCAAGCUCCAAUCUUGGUGCAGCAGCUUUUCUCCUUGUAACUUUAGCUUCUGUUUCUUUCAGCAAUACUUAGCAGGAUGCAUUGAAUAAAAUAUGACCAUCCUUCUUUGCUAAAGGUAAGAAAAUAAACAUAACAGGACAGGUACAAAAUACCAGAUCUGAAAACUCCUCUGAGGUGUCCCCUUCUUGCCAAGGUGGAAACCAAGGCCAAGUUAAAAUGCUCUUUGUUAAAUUUCACUGAAGAGUGAGGGAUUGAUAUCCUUGGAUAAGCUGACAAGCUGCUUUGACUUGUGAAGGAGUUCUGGAAUAGUUCAGGGAUAGAAUGGACACUUUAUUUAUUGAUUAAAUGGUAAAAGCUGUCAGGGCUGUGGACAGCUCAGAACAGACAGUUUGGUGUUCUUGGGGAUUUUCCUGUGAGCUGAGCUUGUCACUCACUCAGCAAUCCAAGAAGUGCAGAUUAAUUUGACAGGUUCCAUAUUCUGGUUCAAAUGCCAACGACAGGGACUUCAGAACAUACCCAUUAUGUGAAAAUACAUUUGCCUAGGUGUCAUUUUGAGUUCUUGUCAGCACAUGAACAUUAAAUUACAUUUAAAUUGCAACUGGUUACCUAUGAACUUGAGAUAUUUCUAACAUGCAAACACUGAAAAUUGUAGUAAUUUAUAUUUAGAUGUGGGAGUGUUUCUUUAGCAUCUUAACUACUGUUUUGAGACGUAAUUUUAGACACACCCAUUUUAAAAUGUUUGCUUUGAUUUCUCAUUGUUUAAUUCACAAAAGCAAAUGUUUUAAAAGUGCUUUAAAAUCUUAGGACAGAGCACAUAUAUAAUUAUUAAUAAUUUCAUUAAUUCAUCAUUCAUUUAAAAUGAAUUAUUUUACACUACAUCACCUUUUCCUGUUCUGUUAUGUACAAGGUCGUUUAUUACCUUCACAUUCAUCCUGGAAGUCAGAGAACAACCCAUGUGCCCACAGUUAAGCCUGUCUGCAAAUACGAAAUUGGGUUGGGAAUGGGGAUAUAAAAGUCAGGAUGAAAGUGCAGAGUAGCGCUGCCAAACAGGAUUUUUGUUCCUUCUCCAGUAGUUUAUCUACAGAAUGAUGCUACCAAUGGUUUCUUUGCGUUGUGCAGUGUCUUUUACCAGGUAAGUGAGAGCUACCAUCCUGUUAAGAAGGGUCUGAUGUGGAGAAUUUUAAAUUUUUUUUCCUGAAAAGGAACGUACAUGAUGUACCAAUGGAGCCCUGCCCUUUUCUGGCUCCCGGCCACGCAGCAGCUCCAGAGGAGCAGGAAGAGCAAAAGGCCUGAGCAGGCGUGAAGCGCUCUGCCUGCCCAGAGCACCUGAUGCCCUUGAGUCACGAAUUGUCCAGCACAGACACCUCACCCUCCUCCUGCACAGCAAGCCUGGAGACACUGACAGCAGGAUUCUACCAAGGGUACUGACUGCUUCUUCAGCUUUUCUUAAAAACCUGAUGUGUCUGACUUUAACUUCUUAUGGGAAGUAAUUAGAACAUUUCUGAUAUUUGAAAUGACAGCGGGGAGCUAAGAGCAACUCACAGUGCAUGUGCUGCGUGAGAUGUGACUGUGCUCAUCAUACAGAAUACAUUCAUAAAUGAGAAUAGCUCCUAUAAAUUCAGAGAAAAAAGAAAGAUACUGAUUCUGAAAAGAAGCAUUUUCAAAAAGAAAAUUGCUUGUUCAAAAUUUGAAAACAAUUUUCUAAAUCCAUGAAGCAGAUUAAUAUAAUAAUGCUAUUAGUGCUUUUUAAGGAAGAGAUUUCUAGAAAACUUUAAACAUUUUUAUGCAUUAUUUAACCUCAUUAAAACCUUAAGAAGAUAUUAAUGACAAAUAUUCAAAUAUAUACCAUUUCUCAAAUGUCUUUUUGUAAUAUAUGUGAUAAGCUUGACUUUACUUCUCCUUACAGUGUAUAAAAAGAUGCUUUUUCUCAGAAGAGAAGGCAAAAGAAUUUUAUGUGGCUUAAGACUCCUGCAGAGCGCACUCUAGAGAUACAAAUUUGUUUCCUUGCUUGAACAGGACAGCAUACUUGUUUUAGUUCUAUUACAUUAGUUGUAAUUUAAAUUUUGUUUGGAAACAUGGAUUAUUUUUAAUUUUUGAAAUGUCAGGAUGUUUUUCAACAUAAGGAGCUUGUGUUUUACACUGUUAUGCUACUCAGUUUACUGAAUUGAGUGAGCUGACAUUGGUGUUAGAACCAUGGAACAGCACAGAGAAUAUGGUCCUGUCCUGUGUCUGAAAUCUAAAACCCAACAUAUAAAAUAAGGAGAAUACCACAAACAAAAUUAUGAAAUACUAAGUAAGCAAUGGUUAAGUAGUCCAUAAUUUUGUGUGCUGUGGCUGCAUUUUGUGUUACUUUUCUAGAAUUAUUUGUCACCUGGAGGUGACAGAGCUGCCAGCUCCCAGCCCUGCCCCGUUUGUGCCUGGGCUCCGCUGAAGCCUGCUGUGAAUGGCUGAGAGCAAACUGUGCUGACCUGGGAGGCUCCUCUCGUGUGAGGAAACCAAAAUAAUCUGCAGAGAUUGGGUCCAUACUCCUGUAGUAGGCUGCAGGCACCCAGCUGGGCUCCCACUUCAUGGUGACAUGAAUGAUUGCAGAUUUCUUCUGGAGUUUUGUUUGGGGUGUAAGAGCCUUGGUGCAAAGGCCAAAAGCAUGGAAUCAGGACAACAGGGACUUUCUGUGUGGGAAAAUGAAAUGUUGUGGACAAGUGUUGAAAAAACUAAUUUGCAACACAGAACAAGGUGUACAGAUGGGUAACUACCAUGGAGUUGUUAUCCUAGAAUGAUAUUCUAAUCAGUUUUCCCAGCUAGAUGAACCCACAGGGCAGAUGGCUUAUCUCUUCUGCCCCUUGUUGGUUUAGCUGUCUAUGAAUGCCCUACUGAGAACAAUAGGGUGAAAAGUUAGUGAGAACUGGACAGAAAAUGAAAUAUAUUUAAUGUAUAACCAGAAAAGCUUAAAAUGGUAACAAACAAACAGACCCAAAUGUGAAAUAAAGUUGAUUUUAAAACCAGAAUGAAUACUUUCUCAUAUUCCUCAUCUAAAGUCUUGGUUUAUUUUCCUGACUUGUAGGAUAACAUCAGUUUGGUGUUAAUAUAUCAGAAGUUAAUGAGCUUUCAAGGAUAAAAUGUUUGAUUAAACCAAGUAUUAAAAAAUGCCAUCAUAGCUGCUAAGGUUAGGUAAUUAUAAUGGCUCUAAAAUCCUGUAAUUUCAUUUCUAUAUAAUAUGAAAUUUAGGGAUAUGAGGAAAAGACUCAGUCUUGGAAUAUGAAAGUAUUCAGACUCAUUAAACAUUAUACAUAGAAAACCCAUCACCGAAAUGAUGAAUUUAUAAAUUUUAAACAUGCUAAGAUAAUAAAACUAGUAUGGGAGCAUCGUAAUGUGAAAGUCAUUGAAAUUACCCAGACCUCAAAGCAUUAUGCAGGAAUUUUCAAGAGAUCUCCUCUGUUGCAGCCGGGAUGCCAGAGGGAUCCAGGGAAGAGCUCCCCAGCAGCCCGCCCUGCGAGAGCCAGGGGACAGAGCCUGCAGGGCUGCUGGCUCCCAGGAGCAGCAGGACAAUGGUGACAGGAGGUGGAGGCUACCUGGGGUACAAUCUGGGAUGUGCCCUGGUCAGCUCAGGAAUUGCUGUUGUGCUCUUUGAUCUUCGCAAACCCAAAUGGGAAAUUCCACGCGGAGCGGAUUUUUUCAAGGGUGAUGUGAGGGAUUAUGAAGCAGUGUUCAAAGCUUGUGAAGGGGUUGACUGUGUUUUCCAUGCAGCUGCAUGUGGAAUGUCAGGAUUGGAACAACUUCAAAACAAAGAUCAGAUUGAAUCCAUAAACGUUGGAGGCACAAAAGUAAUAAUUGAUGUCUGCAAACAAAGAAAUAUCCCCAGACUGAUAUAUACCAGUACAGUCAAUGUGGUGUUUGGAGGGAAGCCUAUUGAAGAAGGAGAUGAAGAAACUGUUCCAUAUUUUCCACUGGAAAAGCAAGUUAAUCAUUAUUCCAGAACCAAGGCAAUUGCAGACCAAAUGGUUCUUGCUGCUAAUGGAACUUUACUCAAAGGAGGGGACAAGCUCCACACGUGUGUGCUGCGCCCGCCGGGCAUCUACGGACCGGAAGAGCCGCGGCACCUGCCUCGAGUGGCCAUAAACAUCCAGCGGAGACUUUUCAACUUCAAGUUUGGGAAUCACAAGGUUCAGAUGAACUGGGUUCACAUUGGAAAUCUAGUGCAAGCUCAUUUACUGGCUGCUGAGGCUCUCACCUCUGAGAAGGGCUAUGUGGCUAGUGGCCAGGCUUACUACAUCCAUGAUGGUGAAAAUGUCAUCUUCUCUGAGUGGAUUGUGCCUUUGUUUGAAAAAUUAGGCUACAGGAAACCUUGGAUACAUAUUCCUGUUCUCCUGGUUCAUGUAGCAGCCGCUGUGAUGGAAUAUUUGCACCUGAUACUAAAGCCAGUUUUUAGCUUUACACCUUUCUUGACAAGGAAUGAGGUGUGGAGUGUCACUGUAACUCACACCUUCCGCAUUGACAAGGCACGAAAUCAGCUCGGUUACAAACCAAAGAAAUUCUCAUUCGCUGACUCUGUGGAUCAUUACCUAAAAACAAGACCAACCUGCCAAGAAGAUCGCACAUUCCUUAAAAUGGUGUUUGUUUUUGGCAUUUUGUUAAGUUUUGUCAUUCUUUCUUUCUUCUAAAACCAAAUAACCACUCACCUGUUCCAGAAACCUUCAUUUUGUUUCUGAGUAUUAAUUAUUUGGCCAUGGUACAUUCCUCAGCACUCUGGACUUUGUUAUUCAUAUUACUGUGAUGACACCUCUCUGACCUCAUUAAGAAAGAAAAAAACAAAACCAAGCAAAAAACAACUAAAAAAAGUGAAAACAUAGGAUGUAUCUGGAAAUGUUCUCCAAGAGCAACACAGUGUUAGAGCAAAGGAGGUCACCACAAAUGGGUGCAGGAAUAGUUUUAAUGGGCCUUCAUUAAGGAAUGUUUCAUGCUGGGAAGCAUUUUCUGAAAAUGAGAAUUCAGGAGGGUGAGAAGGUGGAAGAAGAGGACAACAGUGCUGUAACAAGUCCAGUACUCCAGUGAAGAAAAGUGUGACUAAACAACUUUUCCGAUGAAGCCACAGCUACAGCUACUGUCAUUUAGUCUGAGGAAUUACAGAGAACUGGGAAACAGUGGAAAAAUACAGAAAGUAAAGAUUUAUAAAUAAUAGGUGAUUAGAGGAAUGAAAAUCAUAUUUAUGUAAAAUAGUUGUAUUGUUCUAAAGCUUUGUAAAAAUGUAAUAAAUAUCACUCUGUGUGUUUGUAAAUCAAAUAUAUC